AUGAGAAACAUGGUCAGACAUAACAUUGAAAAGCAUCAAGUGGAAACAAAGGAAGGAUAUGCAAGACGAAAGGAGGAGGGGAACAACAAGUGGCACUUGAUUAAUUUUUCACCUAAAAUUUGUUUCAGCAAAUUAAAAACAUGGAAUGAUGAUGAAAUAAUUCAAUCAAUAGUAAAGGAAGAAGGUGGGAAAAUGAAACAAAAUAAAAGCGAUGUAAAGAUGUGGCACGAGAGGGAAGAAAUGAACACAAGGAAUUAUAAUGGUAGAGAGAAAACCACAUUGAAGAGAACAGUUCUAUUUAGAGAAGAAAAGAAUAAAGAAAAACAAAAUAAUAUGAAAAAAGAAUGUAAGAUAAAAUGUGCAAAUGCCAAAAAAAAAGGUUCUUCUUUUAUUUCGAAUGAGGCACCACAGAUUGGUAUCUGUAUCAACACAAUGCACAUGUUGAAGAAAAAAAAUGAACUUGAGAAGAAAUCGAAGGAAAUUUCAAAUGGUAAACUCGAGAAUGAUAACAUUUCAGAAGAUGAUCUUAAACGGGUUGAUGACAUAUCACAGUGCACAUCAAAUGUUUGCACUAAGGUGAGUUAUAGACCCCCCACGAAGAAUACAUGCUUUUUAGUUGAAAAACAAAAUAAUGACUUGAAAUAUAACAGAAUUGCAAUUGGUGGGAACAGGAGUGAGGAGAUGAAUAAAAAGGAAGAUACAAAUAUGCACCUUAAGAAAAAAAACAAUGUACAUUUUAACAUUCCCACUAAAGAAAAAGAAGCAUGGACGAAGCUGAACCCCAACAUGGUAGACGCUAGGAAGUUCAGCCCUGCAGCAUCGCGUAUGGGAAUCUUUAUGAACAAGGGGAGAAGAGGGAAAACAACAGAAAGAAAUAGAACCAUUAGAAAAUGUUGUGAUAAACCAUAUUUAUGUCACAACAAGAGUAACAUGAAUGAGCUAGGAAAGGAUGAGACAGACAUUAUGAUGGCAAUUCAAACUAUUGGAGAACACAGAAAUGUGAUAAAUAACAAUGUGUCCAAAAAUGUGUUGAAAAAAUGCACUCCUGUUGAAGACAAAGAUAAAUUAUUAUGUAUGCAAAAUAAGAAGGAACACCUUUUAGAAGAAUUAAAAAAUGCUUACAAAUGUGUGGCCAUGAAAGAAACAGAUAAAAUGUUAAUAUAUUGUUUAAACGUUAGCGAUAAUAUCAAAAAUAAAAAAAAUUGUAAAUCUGUUAAUAGAAAAAAUACGAACAGAAAAACUGUGUAUCAAGUUUCUUCUCCUUAUGAUAUUCCAGGUGGUGUGGCCAAAUGGACAAGUAGGGAAAAUUUCACGCGUUCCAGAAGUGCAUCAAUGAGGAAAAAAACUUCCACUUGUGGUGCCAAAAGAACCCCCAAAGGGAGCAAAAUAAAUGGAAGGAAGGGAAGCACUGGGAAAAAAGCAAGCACUCAGGGAAACGUCACUACCAAAGACACCAACAACGCUAGUGCCAAAGAUACUAUUAAGGACACUACUAAGGACACUACUAAGGACACUACUAAGGACACUACUAACGACACUGCCAACCCCUUGAUGCAGAAACCACUCGGGAGACUAACCCAAAUAUCAGGGAAAAAUGGAAAAGCGAAGGAACAAGCACAUAAAAAGACUGUGGUGAUUAAUCUUAGACGUAAAGUUACAGAGAUCCAUAAAAUGCAUUCAAAAAAAAAAAACAAGAAAAAAAAUGCUACGUGGGAGGAACAUAACCACAUUGUUAAAAGAGAGAAAGAUACCUUUUCAAUUUGCACCAAAGAAAUGAAAACAGAGCCUAAGAGGGGGAAAGGUAAAGAGGGAAAUAAUCCUACAAGUUCCAUCGUUAGGAGUUGGAUAGAUGACAAGCGACACGAACUUCUCACCAGCUUUAAUGAAAGAAUUGCAACAAAGAUUGGUCAUCACGAGCAGAUGGAAAUAUGUAUUCCAUGGGAGUGUACACCCAUAGAGUUGUUGUAUCCCAAGAGAAGCGAAGCAAAGGAUGAAAAUACGCUCACAUAUUCGUGGGGCAGACAGACAGGGAACGGUGAACAUGCCAAUGUAGAUGCUGACGAAGAUGUAGAUGCGGACGAAGAUGUAGAUGCUGACCAAGAUGUAGAUGCGGACGAAGGUGCUGAUGUAAAUGACGAUCUCUUAUCUGUGCACGCAUCCCUGCAUGCAAAGCACCCCGUUUCAAGGGGCGCAUUCGAAAUGGACGCAUCUAGUGAUUAUGAUCCUGUUGGAGAGCUUAUUCAGAAAAGAAAAAGAACCGAUUCAAAGGUUGAUAUUUGGAAUAAUGUGGAUGUAAUGACAGGAGCAGACAGAAAGUCAUCAUAUAAUGAUCUUCAAGGGAAGGAAUCUACCACAGAGAUUGGAUAUCGCGGAAAAAAUAUAAACAUGAAUAGUCUAAACAGAAGAUCUCAAAGCUUGAAUGGAAAAAGGGAAAACGGGUUCUUCAAUGCACUCAUCCUUACGAAUGACCUUCGAAUUAAAAUAUGCUACAGCAACAAUUAUGUAGAUUUCAAACGGUUGAAGCGGAAUCGUUGUUGUGAGGACACGGGGGUGGAAGUGGAACCAGAUGUGGAGUCAGAUUCGGGCAUAGAUUCUUGCAUAGAUUCGGGCAUAGAUUCUUGCAUAGAUUCGGGCAUAGAUGCAGACAUAGGGGGUGGUGCAGGUGUCGACGAAUAUCCGGAGAAAUACAGACCCGUAUGCUUCAAGACGGAUGAUCAUAUGCUAAACACAAGUGAUGACCUGUUUCUUAUUUCUCAAGAUUCUGAGAAAAUUAAGUCAAAUAAUUAUCAAGAGGAAAUAAAUUCGCAUGAACGUUUUGAUGGGCACAGGGAGAUUAUGGAAAAGGUGUGGAAGGGAGAAACGGCAUCUGCUUAUGAAACGUGCGUAGAGAAUAAUUUCCUAAAAUGUUCACAUUUUGUUAAUAAUAAUAUUGAAAAUGAAGAUCAAGAAGUAAGCAGAGAAGAAGGUGAUAUGAAGAUUCCUAUAAAAGAAAAAUGUGCUGAGAAAAUUAUUUUUUUAGAAAAUGAUAUGACUACUGACAAUGAAGAGAGUAAAGAAAGGGACGUAAUAAAUACUAAUAAAAACAGAACAGAAGAGCGAAACGCAAAUAUUUUCUCUCCCAUCAACUACUUGACAAUGCAACGAAUGUGCAAAGGUCAAAGGGAACGAGAACAACUUGGAGAAAGCCAAAACUCUUACUUAGUUCAAAAGAUUCUAGGACCCAUAACCGAUGAGAAAAUGCCACGCGACUCCAAUGGAAUUGAUUCUGGAAUGAGUAAUAGAUGUAGCUGGGAGGGGUUCCUACUAAGCAGUAACAGGAAUAGUAAUACCAGCAGAAUUCACUCUUUGGGGAGAAUAAGUACACAUAACAGCAUUUGCAUUUACAACAGUAAUGAUAAUAGAGAAAGAGACUCGAUUAAUGAACGGAAUGAUGAAAACGUUUUUUUGAAAACUCGAAGUGGUGAUAGGAAAAAUGGUAUUGUUGCACACCACCACCCCGUCUAUCACAAUGAAGUGAAUAUUUUUAAAGAUUCAUUUAAUCCUGAGACUGAAAGUAUAUCGACAUCUGCUUCUCUAUGGGAGUAUAAUGGUAGAAAGAUCGUUCAAAGUAGCAACAUUCGUAUUUUUCCAACCGUGGGGAAUGAGUUGAAUAGUAUGCAUGGAGGAGAAGUGAAAAAAUUAAUAACCACAUCCAUAUCAGAAGCUGAUGCGGUUGAAGAUUCAGAAGAAAGAAUUAAACGAAAUAGAGACAAGAAGACUCUCGUAAGAAAAAGAUGCAAUGUAGUUAUGCUAAGGGGAAAAGAUACACUAGUGUCCACAAAUUGCCCCAUUCAGGUGAAAAAAUGUUCUAGCAUGAAGUUAAAAAAAGGAAAAGAAAAAAAAUGUAUCCAAAUUAAGAAAACCCCGUUUUGUGGAAUAUAUGCAGAAGGAAAAGACACCUAUAUUGGUGUUAACAAAUAUGCAAAAAAAAACAAGAAUCGCUCAGUUCUAGACUUAGAAAAAAGGAGCAUUUUUGCACGUGCAAAUGAACUGAAUCGGCAAGUUAAAAAAACAAAAGCUAAUGAUAAACUGAUCCCACAGCUUAGUGAGAAUACUAACGAUUGGACAGUUAAGAAGAAUUCCUCCAUAAAUAAUUUUUCCAUCGAAUCAUUGGAGGCAUUUCAUCCUGGCCGUGUUGUUUUGGGGAACCAAAUGGAGACAGAAAAUAAGGAAAAAAAAAAAAAAAAAAAAAAAGUUAAAAUGAAAGAAGUGAAAGUGGUAAAAGUGGUGAGAGAUACAGAAGAAGGGGAAAAUUGGGAACCGAAACCGGAUCAGCAUUACAAGAAUUAUUUUUUUAUUAUGAAUCAGGAAAAGGAGCAGGUAGGUCCAGGAGGAGGUUCCAUAAUACAUAUGAAUGAUAAUGAGGAAGGUAAGGAGGCGAGCUAUCAUUUUUCUAAACAUAAUGAACACACGAAACAUAAGCAUGAAAAGGGGAAAGCAUACAAAAGAAUAAGGAUGAAAAGAAACGAUCUUACUACAAAGCACACUGAUAUUGAUGCUUCACUGAAAAAUAAAAGUGAAGAUUUAGUUACCAGAGAAAAAGACAAAAAAAAGAAAAAAAAGGUGACAAAAAAUAUUUUGGAAAUUCAUAAUAGUAAUAUAAAUUUUAUGGAUAAGGAAAGAAAACAAAUGAGUGAACAUUCCACAUUAAAACUAUUGAUGCGUAAAAAAAUAAAAAAAGGAUUUCUGAAAAUUGAAAAGGAUAAAAAUUUAAUCAACAAUUUAAAUACCAAUUUGUUCAUAACUGACACCAAACAAAUGGAAGGAAAAAUAAGUAGGAAAAAUAAUUUUCACAACUACAGUGUUAAUACCACGCGGAACGUGAAGGGGAAUCAAAAAUACAAUUUUUCCAUGGAAGGAAAAAAUAAUGAAUUAAAAAUGAGAAGCGACUACAAUUAUGCACCUAGUGCAACUGUGUCUGAGAACAAAACAAAAAAAAAAAAAAAAAAGAAAAAAAAGGUAAACCAUCAUAAAGGUGUUAAGAAUUCCCCCAAGCGAGAUCUUCAAAAUGUUGAAAAGGGAAAUGAGACAGAAAAGGAGAAUGGAGGAGAAGAAGAAGAAGAAGAAGAAGAAGAAGAGAUCCUUUUUGAAACACGCAAUUAUUUUACAAAUUUGAUUAAUAGAAUGAAUUACGCUGGAAAGUAUGGAAAAAUCGAUGAGUUCUCCCAUGUUUCCCAUUUUUCAAACAUUGCUGCAUUGAACCAAGAAGGGAAGGCAAUUCCUGCACAGGAAAACGAAUUGGAUAGCUGCUGUAGAAAUAAAACCUCAGGUAAUAAUUAUCAAGGAUGGCGGAGAUUAAAAAAAAAAAAAAAAAAAAAAAAUUUCAAAACUGUUUCUUCAAUGCACACAAAAAAAUAUAUUAAAAAACGAUCAAAUAAGAUGUUAUAUGACAAAUAUAUGCAACAUAGAUGGAGGGAAAAACAUGUCAUACGCGCUCACACCCAUAUCCCUUUACAUUGGAUAUCCUGGAAGAGCACAUGUGUUCCUAGGAAUGGUUCUUAUGAAGAGAAUAAUCAAAGUCUAACUCCACUGCUGCAGAAGGAAAAAAAAACAGCUAGCGAUGACCUAAAUAUGCAUGUUCAGAAAAAAAAAAAAAAAAAUAUUGCCAAGGAAGGAGAAAAAAAAAAAAAAAAAAAUGGAAAAGAGCUAGCUACAACAAGUGUGGUAAAUCAGGAUGAGCGAAACGAACGAACUAGCGUAAGACGCUAUUUCAGUCCCCCCGAAUUGGAAAAGGGAAAAAGAAAGGAUGGAAAGUGUUUGGAGAAAAUACACGUGCUUACUGGAGCAGUAGAAGAAGGAGAAGAAAUCUUAGAGGAACAGGUAGACGAGACAAUCGAGGUGGCAGAUGAAGAGGGAGACGAGGUAGUCCAGACAAUCGAGGAUGCAGCUGAAGAGCCAGACGAAACGGGUGAUAAAAUGAAGAGUGAUAAAAUGAAAAACGUUAAAGAGACACACUCACAGAAAAGUAAGAUGAAGAACGGGAUCUCCAGUUGUGAAAUUUCUGAUAUUGGACAUUUGGAAAGUAUAGAAAAAUUUCAUCUGACAUAUUACACAAGCAAUUUGAAUAGUCCAUUAAGGAGGUUAAGGAGCAAGGGGAAGCGUGACAUGAUUAGUAGGAGUAGCAGGAGUAGCAGAAGUAGCAGGAGUAGCAGUAGUGGCAGGAGUAGCAGAAGUAGCAGGAGUAGCAGUAGUGGCAGGAAUAACAUGGGAGUCGAAAAGAUUGAGGAAAGGUAUUUCGAAGAAAAAGAGAACAAAAAGGAACAUAGUUUAUUUCUCCCAGUUAGUGCUGCAAAAGUGAGGGAUAAUAAGUGUUGGAAUGAAGAUGAAGGAAAGAUUUCCAAGGACGAUAAGGAAAUGAAUGUUUACAAUUUUAACAAUGAAUAUGAUUCAGAAAGGGAACUGGAAGUAAUUGAUAAAAUCGGUUCCAUAUGUGCAAAGGAGGAAGAGGAUGAUAAAGUGGAUGACCAAAAAUACAAACGCACAUUUUCACUUAAUUUUGAAAAGUACGUGAUAAAUCAUCGCAUAAAUGAUAUCAAUCUGAAAAAGAACCUUUUUAAAAAUAGUAGAAAACUUGAGGAUGGCUUAUCCCACGAGGAGGGAGAAUGCAGGUAUGCUGCCAUGAAUUGUUCUCCUAUGGAAAAUGUUAAUGUGAAGGAUGAGAAGGGUGAUGAAAUUCACACGAAGUCACACUGGGAGGAGUUUCAUUGUGAGAAACGAACGAAUCAGAGAAAUGUAGGAAACGAGCCAAUUUUUAGGGAAAACGAGAAUUCAACGAACAAAGGGGAUCAAAUUAACAAAAACUUGAAGUGGAAUUUUUUACAAUGUGAGAAAAGUGAAAAGAGGGAAGGAAAUAAGCAAAAAGGUGUUGCUGACGAAGAAAUGGGAGGAAAUUCUUUAUUAAAUUGCAGAAAAUUUAAAUAUAUAAGUUGUGAUGAAAAAGUAAGACUUUGUGAGAGCCCGGUUUUUAACAAUAUCGUUAGAAAAAAAGACAACAGUUUCUUACAGCUGAGUGAAGAGAAGGCUCAACAAAAAUCAUUUAUAAUGGAUUUCUUAUUAAACAAGAUUAAAAAAAUAGAAAAAAAAAAUAUUUUCAGAGCAGUAUCUAUGAAUAACAUUUAUAGGGCCUUCUUCCCAAAGAGGAGAAGUAACGACUUGAAUAAUCUAAGUUGUAUAGGCGAGUGUGGUAGAAGUGGAUGUGGUAGAAGCGGGUGUGAAAGCCCCCCGCCUAAAAGAGGAAUUAGCACACCCUAUUUGAUAGGAAAGGACUCAAAAAGCAUCCCACACAAGUUGAACCGAACGAAAAGCUUAAUUUUUAGAAGAGGGAAACGGGAACACAGAAAUGGGUAUGGUGCAAGGGAUGCAUUAAUUUGUGUAGAUAGUAUUACCAAUAGUAGAUUUGUACACUGGAAGGAUAGUGAGUCCAAUAUGAAAAUGCCACAUUAUUCCAGAACCUUUGAUCAAAGUAUUUUUUUAAAAAAAAAAAAAAAAAAAAAAAACUUAAGAAAUGGUCUAUCUCUAAAGGAAGUACCAUGGAAAAGUGAGAAAUUUGAAGGCAUACAAAAAGCACAAAUUAUAGGGAGAAAUAGUUUGAAGAACAGCAACGAUUGUAAAGUAAGAAAUGAGAAAAGAAAUUCCAUCAUCAGAGAAAGGAACGUAAUAGUACUACCAAAUAAAGUAAAAUUUAUGAGAAGAUCAAAAAGUUCAUCUAUACUUAAGGGGAAUAAUAAUGACUUUGAUGGAGAUUGUUUAAGACGUGUAAUGGUUCGAGGAAAUUCAAUGGGAAGAGAGAUCAUUUAUAAGCGAACUGUUAAGACUUGUAAUUCCAUGUCAAAGGAAGAUACUAUUAAGAAAUGCUUUCCCAUUCAUAAUACUUUCGAAAAAAAUGUACAAGCACAGAAAUAUCAUUUCUUAUGGAACCCCUGUUUUUUAUUUGAAAGUGGUGUUAAGCAGUAA